CUAAAGCCUUGUUCAAUAAACUAGGUCCGAAAGCACAAUCUCCUGCGCCCGCCAACGCCACGCCAGCCUCACCUGUGCAUCAUGGCUGCAGACCCUCGCAUGAGUGACGGAGAGCUAGCCGCAAUCAAUGCAGCUGCAGUGACGCGGGAAUACCUGCGUCCAACCACACCUUGUGGACCGCACCACUAUGUCUACAACCAAGCUCACAACCAGAAUUUACAAAUAGGGGUUGGCAAGCGCGUUAAGCGUGUUAUCUUCGAAGAUAAGCGUGCCGUAGAUGCGGAUAAGUCAUCGAGCAUCGUGAGGGCAUCAAAGCUUGUUGUUAUCUCUGCGGGCGCUUUCGGUUCGCCGGCCAUUCUCGAGAGAUCUGGGAUCGGUGAUGCGGUUCUGAAGCGGUGCGGUAUCGAGCAAUUGGUGGACUUGCCUGGCGUUGGAGAAAAUUAUCGAGAUCACAAUGGCGCCUUUCUUCCACACUUUGCUGCUGACGAAGCUGUUACUAUGGACCCCCUCUGGCGUGGAAAGGAGAGUGCUAUACAGGAAAACCUGGCAAAUGGAAAAUCGAUGCCAAGUCACUCGUUGCCCAAACAUUUCAGUGGCAGCGAUGCAAAAAUCAAAUGGCGUCCUGACGGCGACGAGCUGGAAGCUAUGGGAUCAGCUUUUCAGCCACGAUGGAAAGAGUUCUUCCAGGACCGCCCAGACAAGGCUGUUGCAAUAUUUUGCCUUUUCGAGGGUGUUCAUAUCAAUGGCUUCUCUGAGGAGAACAACGAGGACUAUCAUUUUCUACGCGAAUCAGACUCUGCGGACUAUCAGCUUGUGCUACAAAGACUUUCCGUCUUGGCCACCACCUGGAUUCAAGUCUCUGCUAUUGACGAAGUGUCAUACGACGUCAUCGCUAAAGACCUGACAUUGAUCGGCAUCGUUGGAAUCGAAGAUCCGCUCAGGGAUGAUGCUCGAGAUCGUUCCAAGGCUUCAGGUUCUCGCCCGUCUAUUCCUGUCCCUACCUCUACCCUUUCACCGCCACGCGCGAGUAUCGAAACCCUUUCUUUUGGUAGAUUCAUCAUGGCGCCUCAAACCUGGGUACCGACGGAACCCACCUCGCUGACUCUCAGACUCUGCGAUCCCGAGCGCACCCUCUUCAUCAUCGCCUCUAAAACCUUUACCACCCAAGAGACCAUCACCAAUGCCGAAUCCGCUCGCGAUUGGUUUUUGGCGACAGCCAAGGACAAAACACACGUUGCAAAGCACUUCGUCGCCCUCAGCACGAACACAGGCUGUCACCGCGUUUGGCAUUGA